GUUCAGGUGGGCGGACGGCUCUUUUUUUUCCUCGCCUCCACGAAGGGAGGUUUUGGGAUAACUACGUCUGUGAAAGUGAUCUAAUCCUUGGGAAUCUCAUUUUCGGAAUAAAUUGCCUAACGUUUUAAUCUCAGCGGGAGAUUUUGACGAUUCCUUAACUAUCCCCACCAACUGGGACUGCUCAGCGUAACAUAUGACUUCUGUCAGAGAUCCAACGGUGGAACAUUGACCGGAUUUGUGAGUGAAGAAGUGGAUGGUGUUACGUACAGCUAAGAGAUCUAAAUGAUACUUUUUGAAUAUGCGCGAACGUCGCUGAAAUUCUUAAUCAAGUGUGAUCCCUGGUAUUAAUAUAGAAUAACUUCAGAUGUUACGCAUUGAUGAGUGUCGUUUUUCUCAUUAUACCUUAAAAAAUUAAAGUGGGAAUGAAUUGUCUGGUCAGUAUGAUAUAAUCUUUUCAUUUUACGAAGAAAGGAAAGAAAGAAAAGGAAGGAAUAUUAGUUGGCAUUCUUUGAUUGCAUCCUCUGAACUGGUUUUGUGAAAAUGAAGAUUAAAAUGUGUUAUCAUGAAGGCUCAACUGUGCUACCAGCGUUAGUGUUCAUUCUCAACAUAUAUAAAUGUCAAGUUGGUGUUUAAAGUUUUAGCGACUUGAUUGUCCGAUUUAUGCACCAGAAAAUAAGUUGAUAAAUUUACUGGUUGCUUAGUGACUUGUAAGUGCUCAACAGAAGUGUAUAUUGCUGCAAACAUAAGCAACGGAUUUUCUUAUCUACACGAAAUUACAGAAUAAAUGUUUCCUAUAAGCUAAGUUUGGGAGACAAAAUAGCCUUCCUUUUCGUUAAAUUAUAAUAACAAGGUAAGUGUUUUAAUCGACAUCUUUACAAUGGAUAAACUUUUCCUUUCUGGAACGUUCAAAAACUUCAUUAAACCUCGUAUAUUUGUGAUUGAUGGCACCACAUUUCGCCUUCACUACAGGCUAACAGCACUGUUGCUUUCCGUAUGCAGUCUGCUUGUCUCAGCUACUCAGUUUUAUGGGGAUCCAAUUCAAUGUAUACAAACAGAUGAUGUUCCGAAAAAGGUUUUGGAUACAUACUGUUGGGUUGAAGGCACGUUUACAUUACCUAAAGCUCUGGGAAAAGAAGUUGGAGUUGAGGUUGUCUAUCCCGGUGUGGACCAACGCGAUCCUGGAGACGAAGUAGUUUUUCAUGCGUAUUAUCAAUGGGUUUGCUUCGUUUUGCUAUUCCAGGCUGCACUAUUUUAUGUUCCGCGACUCGUUUGGAGGAGUUGGGAAGGUGGACGUCUCAAGCACUUGUUGCAGAAGUUGAAUUCACCUAUUAUAGCCCACUGUGAAAAGAAAAAGUGCUGCGAUCAACUAGUUACUUAUUUUCGAUGUAACAUGCGUCAACAUUCUUCUUAUUCCUACAAGUACUUAAUUUGUGAACUGAUGAAUUUAGUGAAUGUUACAGGGCAAAUAUAUUUUGUUGACUAUUUUCUUGGAGGAGAAUUCACCACGUACGGAUUGAAUGUACUUCAUUUUGCAACUGGUGCGCAAGAAGAAAGGAUGGAUCCCAUGGUUAGGGUAUUCCCUCGAUUAACUAAGUGUACUUUUCAUCGAUAUGGGCCAUCAGGUGAUGUUAUGAAGUACGACGCCUUGUGUCUACUUCCUCUUAAUAUCGUCAAUGAGAAAAUUUACAUACUACUAUGGUUCUGGUUCAUUAUUCUGGCUGUAGCCACUGCAGUAUCUAUACUUUACAAAGUUGCACUUCUGUGUUCUCGCGAAGUCCGAUAUCUAGCACUCCAUUCUUUUGCUAGACUUUCUCCUCGAGAUCACUUGCGGACAAUCAUAAAAAAGACAACUUAUGGAGACUGGUUCGUUCUAUUCCUACUCGCCAAGAAUAUGGAAGUCAUCAAUUUCAAAGAUUUUAUUGCCGAUCUCUUUAAAGAUUUCAAAAGCCCUUUAGCCAACAAUGACAACAAUGACAUUUCAACUACUUCAAAUUAGGCCACGAAUAAUUUUUAAUCGAUUCUUUUCUUUUUUUAUAAAUUAAAAGUAAAACUUUUGUUCUGUGAUAAGGAGUUAGAGACAAAAUUCAAGCAUUUUUUAAAUUUUAUCUCCAUGAGUAGUGAUAUUAAGUUUUUCUGCGUUAAAUUUCAACUUGAUCAUAAUAACUUAUACCUUGCAAGGCUACAUCACUUGUCUGAGGCAGGUAAUAUAAAUCUUCAAAAGAACUUCCUUCAAUGUUUUAACUAUGGGCUUUAGUUUCCUAAAACAAAUUUUAUGUAUAUAAUAAUUUUACUGCGUUUGGUUUUUCCAAAGAAGGUAUAUUUAUAUAAUAAGUAUUGAUUAUAUUUCAAGGUAAUAUUUUCAUGUAUAUUAAUGACAAAAUUCGCGUAUUCUGUAAUUGUCUAAGCUGAGGAAUAUUUAUGGUUGCUUAAGAAUAUAUUUCAAAGUAAUAUUCAUGAUCAUAAAAGACUCACAAUAUAAUAUACAGAAUGUAAAAUAAAAUAGCUGAAAUUAUUAUUAUUUUUAUAAUGCUUUUCAUAUAACUAGUUUUAGUAAUUUAUCAUGGAAAUGUGUCUCGUUUUCCAACUAGGAUUAUUUUUUAAACAACAGUCUCUGUGUAAUUUUAACAGUCUCUGUGUUAUUAUUUAUUAUUUGUUUAUUUGUUAUUGAGUAUGAAUUGUAUGUUAUAUCACACGAAGAAAUUAUUAAAAAAAAAUUCUGUUAUAUAGCUGGCUCUUCUGCUGUCAAUGGUGAAUUUGACUUUUUCUUUUUUCUUUCUUUUUUUCUUCGACAUUUUCCGUAGACAAUUUCGUUUUAUGUUAAAUGUUUGGAAUAAUAAGAUUUCUUCGUUCCACAGUAAAAAAACCGAACUUUCUUUUAGGACAGUUAAUCCGUAACUCGGCAAACCCUCAGUUCGGUUAAUUUAUUCUGGAUAAUCGGAAGUAGAUAGUCCUAUAAUUUAUGAAAUUAGCUUCGAAAGCAUGCUGUAAAUUUUUAUGACGCGUACUUCAUUGAAAUAAUAAUAAUAAUAAUCAUUCACCCUUAUUUUGAUAAUUUUAUAAGACGAUCUUGAGUGAAAAAAAUCACCUUGAAAUUUUUUAUGAUAUAAAAAGUUUAAGAUUUUAAUUCUGAGUAAGCUAUUGUAUCAUUAUGGUCUAGAAAGGAUAAGAAAUAUACUGCAUAAUUAUCUGUAUAUAGGCUUUCCUUUUUCCUCUCCAUAUUUAUAUCUAAAUAAAGAAUAUGAACUCUUAGAGUAUGAAUUAUCUUUAUUCCAUUUACUGUCAUUUACUUGCUCCGCAAAUGCAAGCUUAUUUAGCCAUUAAAUACAAAAUAACUCAAAUCUUGUGAUUUUCUUUUCAACAUCCGUAGAAGAAAUAACGUUUGAAGAAAAAGAGUACCAUAAAAUAUCUUGUAUAAAACCAUUUAAUCUGAUAAAUGAAGAUAAUUAUAUUUAAUUGUACAGUAAAGAAGGUAUUAUUAAAAUGAAUAUAAAAUGAAAAUGAUAAAUCGCUAUUAAAAUAAUCUGGAGAAUGUAGCUUAGGCUAUAUAUGUAAGUCACAAAUCCUUUCUCUUCUUUUUCAGUUCCUCCCCUCACCCCAGAAAGUGAUAUAUCUAGUUAAUACAGUUAGCUACAAUAAUAGUUAAUAAUUGAAAUAAGCUAUUUUUGCUUAAACUAAGUUUGUCAGUCAAAUUUCUCUAACUUUUUUCUACCGAUUAUUGUUAACGUCUUACAAAAAUUUUUGUAAAACAGAUCGCUUUCUGGUAUUUUAAUCUAUCAC